AUGUGGCCAGGGCCCGCGCUUCUCCUCUUCCUGGGCCUGGCCCUGGCCCUGGGCCGCCUCCCGCCGCCCCCGGAUCCCCUCGGGGUCCCGGCCGCCAUCCCGGGGGCGCGGGCCUCGCCGUCGGGCGGCCUCCUCGGGGGCCCUGCCCGCCUCCUCCUGCGGCCCCGCGCGGCCCGGGAGGGUGGCGUCCGCCUGAGCGGUGGCCGCAACCUCUGCUUCUCCCAAAGAAAAGACAGGGACGGGAGCGGGUCCGCCCCCCUGCGGCGCUCACUCGGACCCCUGGCCUGGACCUUCCGCCUGCGGCUGCUGGGACCCGGGGGAACCCGGAUGGCUCGUGACACCUCCUCCGCCUCCAGCUUCUCUCCCAGCUCCGUCCUGCCUGCCGACCCUGGCCCCUACACCCGCUUUGUGGCCCAAACCAAGUGUCCCACGGAGGGACCCAAGACCGUGGUUUUGGAAGCUGCCAACUCGUCCACCUACAGAGCCAUCGAGUCGUCAGUGUCCUGCCAGAUAAAUUCCUGUGUUAUCAGGAAGGUGAAGAUUAAUACAAAUAAAGAUGGUUCUCCUGUGCUCUUGCCAAGGAAGGCAGAAACUACCCUCAAUGCCACCGUCGACCUAGAGUGCCUAAUUGCCCUGACCUAUUCCUACCACUGGAGAGUGUUUUCCGUGCCUUCUGUAGGUGAUGUGCCAGACUGGACCCAACCUUUGAAUCUCCCACAGCUCAAGAUGGGGAGAAGUCCAUUAGUUUUUCAUAUCCCCAGCUCUUCUUUGUCUUGGGGGGUGUAUGUGUUUAAUUUCACAGCGUCCAUCACCACAUCGAAUCCGAAAAUGCCUCUGAUAGAAGACUCAGAUGCCAUCUAUGUCUGGAUUAUUCGAAGUCCCCUGCAGGCGGUUAUCCUUGGGGAUGCCAACAUAACAGCUAAUUUCACAGAUGAGGUGAUUCUUGAUGGAUCAAUGUCCUCCGACCCAGAUGCAAACAGCCCAUUAGAGGGACUCCGUUUUUUUUGGUACUGUACCACAAAUCUGAGAAACUACCGUGAAGAUCAAAUAACAGUAAUGAGCAAGGAAAUCUGUCAUCCAGAGCAGACCAGUCUGAAGUGGCCAUGGGCCUCUGGCCCUGUACUAACACUUUUGCCAGAAACACUCAAAGGUGACCAUGUGUAUUUCUUCAGAAUGGUGAUACAGAAGGGACACAGAACAGCAUUUGCUGAUAAAAGGGUUCACGUGUUCCAAGGACCGAGUGCGAUAGCACACAUUGCAUGUAUUGAAAAUUGUGAUAAAACCGUAAUUACUUCAGACAGAUUUUCUUUAUUUCUAAAUUGCACAAAUUGUGCAAGCCGUGAUUUCUAUAACUGGUCCAUUUUGUCUUCUUCGGGUAGUGAGAUGCUAUUUGACUGGAUGGGGCAAACUGUAACAGGAAGGAAUAGUGCUUAUCUGUCUGUAAAAGCUUUUGCUUUCGGGCACUUUUUGGAAGCUGAGUUUUGGGUUUCUCUAUAUCUAGCAAGUUGGAGUGGAGUAACCUCGAUCUUCAGGUAUUCCUUUAUUAUAAACCAUGGCCCUCAAAUUGGAGAAUGCAAAAUUAAUCCAGCUAAAGGAAUUGCACUUUUUACUAAAUUUGUUGUCCAGUGUAGUAAUUUUAAAGACAAGCAUAUUCCUCUUACAUAUAAAAUAAUUGUUUCUGAUUUGCAAGGUAUUGGUGAAAUCAGUUCGGUAAAAGAGAACACUUUGGGGCCCAUAAUGUAUUUGGGGACUAAGCCCACGACACCCCCUUCCUUUCUCCCUGUUGGUGGGUUGGCUAAUCAUUAUGCCACAAAGAUAUAUGCUCAGGUUUAUGACUCUUUAGGAGCUUUUUCUCAAGUGACUUUGUAUGCCACGGUACAGGCACCUACUGACCAAAACUCAUCGAAGAUUGUGCUGCAUCAGUUACUCAAUUUUACCACGGGACCAAGUUCAUUGCUAUCUACUUUGCUUCAAAAUCAGACUUUUUUACCUGCUGGUUACUUACUGUACAUAGUAGCUUCUGUUUUGAAUAACAUGAAAACUGAAUUAUCUCUCCAAAAUGACAAAGUCAGUCUCCGAGAACACCUUGUCAAUCAGUCUUUCCUUCUUCCUAUAGGAACUUUGGAAGAAAUUGGUCAGGUAGUCAGCACUGUUACCAAAUUAACCCAAAAAACUUCUGAAUUCACUCGAGAUGCUCAGAAACGUGCCACAGUGAGGAUAUGGCAAGUAAAUCAAGCCCUGCAAGAGUAUCAACAAAAAAAUAAACACUUUCGCUCUGAACAAAUAGAAACUGUGAGCACUGGAACGUUAACGAGUUUGUCUAACAUCCUUAAACUGAUUUCCCCUCAGGAGGUGGUUGAAGAUCCUUUCUAUGUAAUAGAAUCUCUAUCAGAUACAAUAUUGGCUAAUAAAGUGCCAGAGAGUGAAACCACUGGAUUGAGAACCCCCAACUUUAACAUGUAUGUCAGGAAAGUUGAAAAAAGAAAUGUUACCCAGGCCUUCAGAAAGGAGAAACACUGCCGAAAUUGUUUUUAUCCAACACUCAAUGUGAGCAGUGUUCCUGAUCUACCUGCAAAUGCUCCGGUUUCUGUGAUGUUUUGUGAGUUCACAGAGGACCCCUUUCCUUGGUUAAGUGAUCAGGACGUCACUUCAGUAGAGGUGGUUGGAUUCCGAAUGACAGGAGUCACAGGUAAUGGUAAUGUGACGGAGAUUACCCCUGAUGUAGCAGAAAUAUACCUUGUCAGAAAAAACCUGACCUUUGCAACUUUUAAUCUCACAGUGGGACCUGACAGUGAGGUUGAUGGGUCCUUGAAGAGGACGACAGGGGCGUUCAGCUUUGAAGUGGACAGCAGAAUGCUUAGGGAGGUGCUGGUCCACAUCGUGACAGAAGUGACUGUGUUGUUUACUGUGUUGGUAUAUGCAGGCAGUCAGGUCAUCCCCACUGCCUUGGUCGCCACCUUCCUUGUAUCCCAUGACAUUCCUCCAGUUGCCAACCCAAGUACCCUGUUUGAUCCAGCCUGCGCAGUGAGGAAGGCCCGCGUGGUCUGCCUCCCUCUGUCCCUGCUGCAAGUUAUAGCCCAGCGCAGCCACGCGUCCCAGUGUGCUGUAUCUGUGGUUCUGCAGGCACCUCGUUUUGUCAUAAAGCCCAAUGAGAAGCUGGUGAGAAUUUCUCUUUUUAGCAUUCAAUGCUUGGACAUGUAUGGGAUUCAGGGGGAGUGGAGAGAAGAUAACUGCAUUCUUGGUGAGAAGACCACCUGGGACAAGGUACACUGUAUCUGUAAGAACGCAGUGAGGACCAGGAGGCAGCUAGACACAAUCAGACUAGCCAACAUUCAGCUGCAUACUCACUAUGUGAUGGCCAGGGUUAUUGUGGUCCCUAAUCCUGUGGAUCUGAGGUUCACGGUCAUCAAGAAUAUUCACCAAAACCCUGUGACCCUCUUCACUGUGCUUUUCAUUAUGCUCCUAUACACGAUCCUUGCUUUCUGGGCCUUGCACAGGGAUGAAAUGGACCAGUUUCUUCGGGAUCAUGUGAUAGUUCUACCUGAUAAUGACCCUUAUGACAACAUAUGCUACUUGGUCACUGUUUUUACAGGAAGUCGUUGUGGGUCUGGGACCAGGGCCGAUGUCUUUAUGCAACUUAGGGGAACAGAGAGUAACAGUGAUAUGCAUUGUUUAAGCCACCCACAUUGUAAAGCUUUCUACCGAGGAAGCAUUAACACUUUCCUCCUAACGACAAAAAGUGACUUGGGGGACAUCCAUUCCAUUUACGUGUGGCAAAACUAUGAGGGCAAUUCGCCUAGCUGGUAUUUAAGUAGAAUCAAAGUGGAAAAUCUGUUUAGCAGACACAUUUGGCUGUUCAUAUGCCAGAAAUGGCUUUCUGUGGACACCACCUUGGAUGGAACAUUUUAUGUCACCCACCCAGAUGAGCCUCUGAACAGAAAAGAUUUUUUCCUUAUAGAUGUGAGUAAUAAGCUAGCGAAAAAACACAUGUGGUUCUCUAUUUUUGCUGGUGUCACUACUAAAUCAUUCAGUAGGCUCCAAAGAUUGUCUUGCUGCUUAGCAAUGCUGCUAAGCUCUCUUCUUUGUAAUAUUAUGUUCUUUAAUCUAAAUAAACAAGAACAAACUGAGCCAAAAGAGGGGCGCUACAUCAGAUCAAUGAUGAUAGGAAUUGAAAGUGUCUUAAUUACAAUCCCUGUGCAAUUAUUAAUAACUUUUUUGUUCACCUAUUCCCAGAAGAAACCUCAAGUGAAUCUAGAUGAGGUGUCUCCUCAAAAGCAUCCCCUGAUGUCAGAAGAAAGUGUAUACUGGAAAGAACGUUUGGAAAAGUGGCAUACUUAUGAAACUGUUGAGGAACAUGCCAGGAAGGCCACAAAACCUGCAUCUCAGGGAAAGCCUCAGCUUCCUAACACUUCUGUUAAGGCAACCUUGAAAAAAAAGCACCAGCCCGAGAAACCAGAAACCAAGGCCUCUAAGACCCACAGACCAGACACAAAUGCCAAUAACAACAAAGAAAACACAAAUGCCAAUAACAACAAAGAAGAUAAUAAAGAUGCCUAUUCUGAAGAUCACUCUUCCCAGAAGAAUCUCCCACACCCUGAAAAAAAGCCCCAGAUCGUCCUGCCUUGGUGGUGUGUUUAUGUGGCUUGGUUCUUGGUGUUUGCCACUUCUAGCGUAUCUUCAUUCUUUAUUGUAUUUUAUGGACUGACUUAUGGCUAUGAAAAGUCAGUAGAAUGGCUCUUUGCAUCUUUUUGUUCAUUCUGUCAGUCGGUUUUUCUGGUGCAGCCAUCUAAGAUUUUACUUUUGUCAGGCAUUCGAACAAAAAAUCCCAAGUAUUGUAAAAACCUUUCAUGGUCAACCAAGUAUCAAUAUACUGAGAUCAGAUUGCAUGGAAUGAGUACACAUCAAGAUGAAAUGCAGAAGUUACAUGACCACAUCAUUCAAAUCCGAGCCUCCAGGAUGUACCAGCCCCUCACAGAAGAUGAGAUUAGAAUAUUUAAAAGAAAGAAGAGGAUCAAGAGAAGAGCUUUCCUGUUCCUAAGUUACGUUCUAACUCACUUUAUCUUUCUAGCCCUUCUGUUGACCCUGAUCAUUCUACUGUGCCACACUGACAGCUUUUACUAUAAUCAGUUUCUUCACAAUCACUUUUCUGUGGACCUUGCUAAUGUGACUAAGCUGGAAGACAUCUAUAGAUGGCUAAACAGUGUGCUGUUGCCUUUGUUACACAAUGACCUGAAUCCAACGUUUCUUACUGAUAGUUCGUCUAAAAUCCUUGGCCUUCCAUUGAUGAGGCAAGUGAGAGCAAAACCUGGUGAAAAAAUGUGUCUACCCGCCAAAAAGUUUGGGCCAAACAGCAUUGAAGGAGAAAUUCAUUGUCAUCACAAAUAUGGUGUUGACCCAGAAGACACAAAAUGCUAUUCUAGCUUUUGGAAUGAAGUUAGUAAGCGGGCUAUAGACAAGAAUACCGAUGGGUUUACUUAUAAGCCUCAAGAAAAGCAAUGGGUGCAUUAUUCCUAUGGACUGUUACAUACCUAUGGAUCAGGAGGGUAUGCAUUCUAUUUUUUUCCAGAAAAACAGCAAUUUAAUUCCACACUGAGGCUCAAAGAACUUCAAGGAAGCAACUGGCUUGAUGAAAAGACAUGGGCUGUGAUUUUGGAACUAACAACUUUUAAUCCAGAUGUUAAUCUGUUCUGUAGCAUUUCGGUUAUAUUUGAAGUAUCUCAGCUAGGAGUUGUCAACACAAGCAUAUCUCUUCACUCUUUCUCACUUGCUAAUUUCGACAGAAAAACUUCAGCAGAAAUCUAUUUGUACGUGGCCAUUCUCAUUUUUUUCUUAGCUUACAUUGUUGAUGAGGGUUAUAUCAUUAUGCAAGAAAGAACUUCCUACAUGAGAAGUGUCUAUAAUUUGCUCAACUUUGCUUUAAAGUGCAUAUUUACUAUGUUGAUUGUGCUCUUUCUCAGGAAACAUUUCCUGGCCACUGGCAUGAUUCAGUUUUAUUUGUCAAACCCCCAAGACUUCAUUCCCUUUCAUGCAGUUUCUCAAGUUGAUUACAUCUUGAGGAUAACUUUGGGCUUCUUGUUAUUUCUGACAAUUUUGAAGACCCUCAGGUAUUCCAGAUUCUUCUACGUUGUGCGCCUGGCUCAGAGAGCCAUCCAGGUAGCCCUUCCAAGCAUCUGCCACAUGGCACUUGUGGUAUCUGUGUAUUUCUUUGUAUACGUGGCUUUUGGUUACCUGGUAUUUGGUCAGCAUGAGUGGCACUACAGUAAUUUGAUUCGUGCCACUCAGACUAUAUUUUCCUAUUGUGUUUCAGCUUUCCAGAACACUGAAUUUUCCAAUAAUAGGAUUCUUGGGGUCCUGUUCCUCUCAUCUUUCAUGCUGGUAAUGAUCUGCAUCUUGAUAAACUUAUUUCAGGCAGUGAUUUUGUCCGCCUAUGAGGAAAUGAAGCAGCCCGUGUAUGAGGAACCAUCAGAUGAAGCAGAAGCGAUGACCUAUCUGUGUCGCAGGUUAAGAACUAUGUUUAGGUUUCAGACCCCACAAUCUGGGGCCAAAGAUGAGCCUGCGUUCUUUAUUGACAUGCUGUAUGGGCAGCCAGAGAAGAACAGCUACCGGUAUCUGGGGCUGAAGACCAGAAACAUCAAUGGGAAGAAAAUGGUGUACCUCGUUGUUUGA